CAUAGCUCUGACAACAUGGCAUCCUUUGCAAAGGCGGCUUUCAUUUUGGCGACAGCGCUGGCGGUUGGCUGGGCGCUCAGCGCUCAUGCGCAGGAAUACAACGAGUACGAUGGCUCAGCUGUCACGCCUGGCAGCAUCCCUAACUUCCCAUUCCGCAACUGCAACACCACAAACGGCGCGUACCGGCUGGCACCGGUGUGGCGGCCUUCGGGCAGCAACACGUACUGCUUCAAGAUCCAGGUCAGCCAGGAUGCCCUGUCCUGCACUGGCGCCUGCUGCAGCGCCGACUUGCACAAAAUUGAGUUCAACGUGUCCAGCAGCUGCCUGGUGGCCGGGGCUUCAGUUGUCGCCACCGUGAAUGGAGUGCGGACCCGGGUUGGUGCGACCCUGGACAAGGCCCCGGCUGGGCCCGCUGGCUCUGCCGUUCUGCGGCUCACCCAGCUUGGGCUGGACACCACGACCGCCCAGGAUGCGGAGGUGUGCCUCACCCUCAAGACCAACCGCGGAGGCCAGGGCUGCACCACCCUGGAGCAACUGUGCUCGUCGCCAGGCUUCCCCGCAGGGACAUGCACAGCAGCUAUGUUCGAUGUUGCGUGUGAUUGCUGCCCGGUUUCUCAAGCCGGUCAGGCCCUCCCGCCGCCGCCACCGGUUAUUCCAACGGCCAUACGCCCUUGUGACGUCUGCAUCGCCGCGACCAUUGUGCCCCCGGCCAAUGAUGUGCGACCAUACCGCUACGACAGCGCCACCUGCGCCGCCAUUCAGCAGAACAUCGCCGACAUCAUGAACUCUCUCCUGGAAGCCGCCAACGUCGGCGCCUUCAAACCCUUCGCGCCAAAUGCAAGCCGGUGCUUUGACACACAAAUCAUUACAUGUGGCAGGUUCAACGGUUCGGACAGUGAUGCGUUGGCCCUUCUGACGGAAGCGGUGCAGCAGCAGCUUUCCGCCUUCAUCGAAAUCGCGUCUGGCGGCAACGUCUGCAAUCCAAAGUUGGAGAAAUACACGGUGACGGUCUCCACCAUCAACAAUGUAGCAGAUCAGUGCCUGGACCUCUCGCAGUCGGCUAGUUGCUUCCUGCCUGGCGUUCCAUUCCCCAACUGCACGUGCAACACAACCCAGGGAGUCAUGCCGUUCACAGUCUCCCCCACCUGGUAUGCACAGCCGGCCAAUGUGCGCUGGGGCCGCAACGUCACUGAGUACUGCUUCACCGUCAACACGCUACAGCCAAGUCAGGUCGUGCCGAGCACCUGCUACAACGCAAACGACGCGCUCGCCAAGAUUGAGUGGUAUGCGAGUGAUGCGUUCAGGUCGGCGGUCAAGGGUUUCACGGUGUACCCCGCCGGGGGAUCAAACAAGACCAUUGCCGACAGCUGGGGCGCCACUGGAACCGAUACCCUGAAAGUCAAUCUCAACUGGAACCUGCUGCAAGCCAACGGCGGCAAGGUUUGCGUGGCGAUUCAGAACCCGUUCACCAUGGGCGACAUCUGCAAGGGAGCCCUUGGCCAGUGUACGCCAGCAUCUUCAACAGGGACAACUCGGACUACUGCUGCCCCAUCUACCGCACGGGGCCAUGAUUGCCGUAAAAGCAGUUAUGGCGCUGGAGAGCGCAGCAGUCGAUAGAUAGAUAGAUAGACGAGCUAGACAGGGGAGGGGCCAUGAUUGAUCUGUUGGACGGAAUCAUUUUCUUUCCCUGACACAACUGCUUGUCGUAAUAUUUUUUUGUAAAUAUUGAUCGAUUACCACAAUUCCUCGAACAGUUACGAGGCUAGGCACGCGGACAGGCGGGCUAGGCAGGUGCUGCUGUGCUGCGUAUGUCUAUUAGGAUUGUGGCCCAGGGGCUUCUACUGUCGGUGUGCAUGUUGCCAUAGACACCGCGGCCGAAUGUGCACGGUUUAUUAAAUGAUAAUGUGGCUUGUGAAGUUAACGCAAGUAGCUCGCGAGCAGCGGCUAGUUGGUCAAGUGGACUGAGUCUGAGCAUGACGUGGUGGGACGCGGUGCGGUCUAUUUGGAGCACUAAAGUACAUCCCGUCAUCAGCAGGCUCUGCUGGGUCCUGCGGGUGGCGCAAGUUUGGAAUGCCCCAUACCAGUUGAAUUGUAAACCCUAACUUGC